CAUCUCUACACAUUUGUUAAAAAAAUUUGCAACAAGCCAACGAAAAUCGACCAGGAACGGUGGACAGCCAAAACCGCGCGCUCUGCGACGACCACUGUGGGAUGCACAUACAUAUGCGCACCCGUGCCGCGGAGUAGACACAGUGCCGCGAUCCGCGAACAGCGAACCGCCAAUCCCCCAGAAGCCAGCUGCAGCAGGUCCCACAGAUCCCGCCGCAGAUCCAGAUCAUGGGCCUCGACUUCGACGCAGUGGAGUACUGCAAGGGCGUGAAAAGCCAGCAGUCCCAACCACCGUUUGCCUGUCCAGUCCGCGGUUGCGACCGCAGCUAUAAGACCAUCAUGGGCCUGCAGUAUCAUCUGAUGAAGUACGACCACGACAAUCCCCAGCCACUCACGCCUGUGCUGACUCCCAACCGAAAGAAAGCGCGCUCCCGCUCUGGCGGACACCAUUCGACGCCUCGCCCGCAUAAGGAACACCCAGCUCCGGGAGGUGGUGGAGCGGAGGCCAGGAACGGGUGCUCCUCAGGCAGUACAGGAGUAGGAGCGGCGUCCGGAGGAGCCACCGUCCGGCAGUACGCUAAUCCUGAAUCCCUGGUAGCCUACAACGAGGAGGAAGCUACAGUAACGUUCAAUCUGGACGGAAAAAGCGUGCGCCUGGGUAUCGACGACGCCUUGCCGCUCGUAGAGGACGAGGAAUUUGCAGCCCUAGUGGCCAGGGGCUGCAUCUUGAACGCUGAUGCUUUGCCGCUAGAGGAGAACGCACCCUGGGCCAGAGUCCAGGUGCCAGUGGCCAGGGUGGCCGAGAUUCCCGACUACCGAGUGCCUGAUGCCCCGCCUCGACCGCUAGCAUAUUAUCGCUUUAUCGAAAAGUCGCUGGAGGAGUUGGACGGCGAGGUGGAGUAUGAUGUGGACGAAGAGGACUCCGCCUGGCUCGAGCACAUGAACGAGGAGCGUCAUCGGCUAGGGCUAAAUGCCGUAGGCAUUGACACGAUGGAGCUGCUGAUGGACCGCCUGGAAAAGGAAUCUCACUUUCAGGCGGCGGCCAACGGUACUCCCACAGGCGUCGAGGUUGACGACGAUGCAGUCUGCUGCAUUUGCCUGGAUGGCGAGUGCCAAAACACCAACGUGAUACUUUUCUGCGACAUGUGCAACCUGGCGGUGCACCAGGACUGCUACGGAGUCCCCUACAUCCCGGAAGGCCAGUGGCUGUGCAGGCGCUGCUUGCAGUCACCCAGUAAACCCGUUAACUGUGUGCUUUGCCCCAAUGCGGGAGGCGCAUUUAAGCAAACGGACCACAGCCAGUGGGCGCACGUGGUGUGUGCGCUGUGGAUACCAGAAGUUCGGUUCGCCAACACAGUCUUUCUAGAGCCCAUAGAUUCAAUCGAGACCAUUCCCGCUGCUCGCUGGCGACUCACCUGCUAUGUGUGCAGGGAGAAGGGCCUAGGAGCUUGCAUCCAGUGCCACCGAAACAGCUGUUACGCCGCCUUCCACGUCACCUGCGCCCAGCAGGCGGGCCUCUACAUGACCAUGGAUACAGUCAAGGAUGGCCACAACGAUUCAUCCAUGCACGUUCAAAAGUUUGCCUACUGCCACGUCCAUACCCCGGCGGACGCUAAGCUGAAAAUGAACGUUCCGGACUUCGAAGACACACGCCACAAGAUGCGAGAAGCGCGCAAAGCUUUGGCCAAGAAGCGCUCCACAGCGCCAGUAGUGCUAAUUCCCACUAUACCACCGGACCGAGUUCAGGAGAUAGCCACCAUGGUGACGAUGCAGCGCAAGAAGGAGUUUCUCGAUCGCAUAAUCGCCUAUUGGACGCUCAAGCGGCAUUAUCGAAAUGGUGUGCCUUUGCUACGACGCCUGCAGAGCCAGGGCAAUAACCACGGCGUGAUUCAGCGCAACGGCAUUGAAGGAUCGCCUGACACGAGUGAGCUUUAUCGGCAGCUUAAGUACUGGCAGUGCUUGCGGCAGGAUCUGGAGCGGGCGCGCCUUCUGUGUGAACUGGUGCGUAAGAGAGAAAAGCUGAAAGUGGCCUUUGUUCGCAUCUCCGAGGAGGUGGUCAUGCUGCAGCUCAAUCCGCUUGAAGCAGCGCUGUCUAAACUGCUAGACGCGCUGGAAGCGCGCGACAGUAUGGAGAUCUUUCGAGAGCCGGUAGAUACGAGCGAGGUGCCCGAUUACACCGACAUCGUGAAACAGCCCAUGGACCUAGGCACGAUGCGAUUGAAACUAAAGGACUGUCAGUACACCUCUCUGGAACAGCUUGAAGCUGACUUUGACCUGAUGAUUCAGAACUGUUUGGCAUAUAACAACAAGGACACGGUAUUCUAUCGCGCGGGAAUUCGGAUGCGCGAUCAGGCAGCGCCUCUUUUUGUCCAGCUGAGAAAGGAGCUACAGCGGGAUGGUUUGCUGGAGCGAACGCAACGCACCCAUAUCGACCAUGUGGAAGCAGAAGUUGAGCGUGAGCUACGCCUGCUGCUGGCGGCGCCAGCCACCGAGGACGUUGUCCAGAAGCUGCUUAUCCUCGCCGACAAGUCCCAGGUCCUCAAGAACCCCAGCUAUCGCACCAAGAAAAUCAAGCAGAUUCGUCUGGAGAUUACGCGGAUGCGCAAAACUCUCCAAAAGGCGAGAUUUGCAGCACGCCACUCAUCACAUGCCAACCAAUCCCAAAGCGACGAUGAGGAUACGGUAGGUGCUUCGCCUUCUAAAAAACGAACCCGGAAACGGUUAAAUAGCAGUGCCGUUGACAUGGAACUGGCGCACGACGAAGACGACGAAGAAGAAGAUUCUGAUGAGGAAUCUAUGGGCGAGGGCGAGGAUAAUGUAUCCAAGGACUUGCUAAACUCUACGCAAACGCCACCCUGCAGCCCAAUCAAGAGUCUGAAUAAUAGUAGCUCUCCCGUCGGUAUCAAUCGAAGAACGGCCAUCUUGUUAACGCGCAAGGCACAGGCUGCCCUAAAAAGACCCUCGGAACCACUAACAACGCCUGUAAAAGAGGAGCACCAUAAUUCGCAGUCGUCCAACACUCAGUCCACCAGCGGCAGCUCAUCCUCUGCCACUACGGCGGCCACAGCUGCCUCCAGUGCAACGGGUACGCUAAAUCAUAUCCUGGCCACCGCACCGUCCACUGUCUCCAGCUUUGCGUUGACGCAAAAUAAUAGCAGCGGCGGGCACCUUGGAUCGGGAAUAGGAGGAUCGUCGUCAGCCGGAGCCGCUGCAGCUGCGAACUUGGCCUCUACUGCCCUCGCAAUGAACAGCAAGCUUUCCGCGAUCCUGCCCGUCAAGUCGCCAAAGAGGCCAGGUCGAUACCGUCGACUGCCGGAGGUGAGGCACAGCUCCUCAAUGUCACCAAAGAAGUCGCCCAACCCGGCGGUAUCCGUCAGUCAAACGCUACCCAUACCAGACCCCCUGCCCUUCGAAAGAAUACCGGACAGCUUCCGGGUGUAUCGGGCCAACAAUCAGCGCGACGUGAGCGACAGUGACGAUGCUCCUUCGCAGUCGAGUAGUCCGUGCAGCAGUUGUUCCGACUUCAGCAUGUCGGGCAGUUGCUCCGAAUUCGACAGCGACGAGGCAAGUGACGGCGAUGCAGAUGGAGAUGCGGAUAGAGACGGCGUAAGGAGUCGUAGUGAGGACAGGGAUUCAACGUCUCAGGAUGGCACCACUGACGCCAUGGACUUGCAACACGCGAGUCUCAAUAAUGCGCAGGGAAAUAACGGCAACAUGGCUAUCAGCAGUAGCAGCGACGGAAGUGGCGGCAGCUCCAGCAAUGACGACGAGGAUGAGGAGCGGCCACUGCUUGCGCGGCAGAACAAGACGUUGAAGGUGGGAACGCGCAGUACACCGACUCCGACCGCAAUGGCACGAGCAGUAUCAAUGACGGCGUCACGAGGGCGAGGCAAGCGGCGAAGCAAUCUUAGCGAGUCUACCAGCUCAACGGCCACACCGCCGCCCCUGCUGCGGAGGGCAGGCAAGCUGCGGUCAGCCACGCCCAACGCCUCGCCGCUAGUGAAUAACAUCAAGGCGCGUAGGAAUACCACAGCUGUUGCCAGUACAACUCUCACAAAUAACAACCGCAGCAAUCAUGGCGAAAAUUCCGUCUCAUCGGAACGACACAAUCACCACUCUCACGGCCAAAAGCCGACGCUGGAGCCUCUACAGCUAGUGUGGGCCAAGUGCCGCGGAUAUCCCUGGUAUCCCGCCCUCAUCCUCGACCCCAAGACGCCCAAGGGAUUCGUGUACAACGGAGUACCGCUUCCCGCUCCGCCCACUGACGUUCUGGCGCUGCGUAAGAACUGUUUGGACGAGAUUGUGUUCCUGGUGCUAUUCUUCGAUGUGAAGCGCACCUGGCAGUGGCUGCCGGCCAACAAGCUAGAUAUCCUUGGAAUCGAUAAGCAACUGGACCAGCAAAAGCUGGUAGAGUCGCGGAAGCCUGCGGAGCGGAAGGCUGUAAAGAAGGCGUACCAGGACGCGCUGCAUUACCAGAGCCAGGUCUCCGACUUGGAGGGCCAAGGACCCGAUCCGAUCAUGUGAAAGCUGAUGGCCCGACUGCAUCUGUAGGCGCCGCUCGAAAGGCUUUAGCCAUUUAGUUAGCUCCCCCAAAGGGAUCGCUCGUAUUUUUAUAUCUCGUUUGUUGUUACUCGGUACUCGAAGAUGACGAUGUUUAAGGCCCUCCAUUAGAGUAUUUCGUUGGCGAAUUUCCAAUUUGCACUGUAAGUGUCUUUGAUUUUCGUUUGUUGCCAAGUCACCAGGGAUCGUUUGCCCCUGUAACAUUAUGUACAGUUUUUGUAAUACACGCAGUUAGCGAAUUCGUUGGAGGAUCCUAUUUUAUGUACAUUAUUUGGCUUUUGUGACUACGAUUAUGAAAUGUUAGAUCCCGAAUACGGAAUCGGUUCGAAUCACAACAACAUGGAAUUUAUAACCUCAAGACGAUUCACGCGAAAUCAAAUCAAUGUUUAAGUUAAAUAGUUUUAAGCUCACCUACAGUUAAGCCCAAAAUCAAUACAAACACAAAACACAAAUCAGCUAAAACAAAGCAGCAAGGCGCCUCAAUUAAAAAAAAAUUGUGUAAAAACUUAAACCGCUAUAUAGAGGAUGGAAGAGGAUCUGAACAUUACAAAUAGCAUUACAAAUUGUAUAGAUGUGUGUGUGUGCGCGUGAGUCUCUACAUAAAUCGAUAUAUCUCUAUAUGCAUAAAGUGUACGUCUUGAUUUGAACAAUAUGAACAAACAAAAAAUAUAUUUGAUUAUUAAAUGAUGUAUUAAACUGAUGAGGAUUAUUAUUAUUAUAAUUACUGUGUGUAAUUAAUGCAAAAAUUUCUUAUGCCUAAGUGGAAAGCGUAGACAAUUAAGUAUUGAAGUAGUUGGCUCCAAUCUUCCCGAUCGAACCCACAAAUCCCCGCCCCAACCACCACCUUUGCCCUUAACAAGAUUGAAUAUUGUUUAAAUCUAAUGGUAAAUUAAAUGCAGAAAAAUAAAUGUUUUAAACAAAAAA